AUGAGUGUUGUUGCCGCCAAUCCGCAAGAUAUUUCAACUACCACCAAUUUCGAUGAAAACAGUCACACUAAACAUACUUUUAGAAGGUGGUUCCAUGGAACGGCGAAAGAUCAGGGGAGAUCAUUCAAAGGGAUGGCUAAAGAUAGUAAAUGGGACGAUUUGAGCUUCACUUCCAAUAGAUCGGCCGGCGUUACACCACCUGAUUUGAAUCUUGUCCCAUCAUUGAACCAAGUCGAUAGUCCUGAGAUAAACCUGAUGAAGGAUAAUUUGGCGGCAAUGGAUCAGCUUAUGGAGCAGCCUCAGAUUUCUAAAAGGCAGAGAUUGAAAGCGCAUUUACGGUUCAGUUUUGAAAAGUUUAAAGCUAUCGGUAAGAGUAAGAUGACCUCUGAGACAAGAAAAAGGAAUAGUGACGAUAAGACAACUGAUGACAAGAAUUCAGUCACAAGUGCGCUUCCUGAACAAGAGGAUGUUGCGUGUUACAAAUACUUUAAAUCAAACCCUCAGCAACUAUCUCUACUUUUUGAGGAGACCAUGAAAAACAAGAGUGUGACCAGCUUGGAGGAAGUCAUAGCACGAGAGAAGGAACAAUUCACCAAAUUUGGCCCCACCGGUUUCCAAAUUGGAUGCAAGCGUGCAUUCAACGUCUACAAGGGAGAUGAGCCCUCUUUACUGAGUAGUGAGGGUGAUAUAUCGGAUAGCUUAUCUACCUCAGACGCGGAAAAUGGACAAGAGAAAGAACUGAAAGGUAGGUCGGCAACUGGCGGUUGCGAAACAGGAUCUUUUAAACGAUUGCACAGUUCUGAGAAAAACGAAGAGUAUCCAAGUAAACGCCAUUGCCAUGAAUCUGCUGUGUCGCCGACAAGUGAGUUGGAACCCAAUGACCGCAUUCAGGAUAAUAACGAGGAUAUGAAGAGCGAUGACGAUUCGGGUUCUAAGGAGAAAUUGGUUGUUGUUAACUGUCCCUCCUCAAACGAAAAUAAAAGUAGUACAAAUGAAGGAUAUGCUGAUAGUUCUUCAACCGAUAACGAGUCGGCAUCAGAAUGUUCUGUUGCAACCUCCUCAUCUGCCUCAAGUAAGAUAUAUUCCAUUCCAACAGGCAAAGAACAACGGUGCCAUUGGACGGUGAGUAGACUCCUGGGAAAUCUAAAGGAUGGGACGCUUACGGAGAGAAAGUUAGACUCUCUCAAUAAAAAGGGCAACGUAAGCAGGUCUCUAGCGUACCAGAAAGUUGAUUUCUUUCAAAAAUUACCGGACGGGUUUUUUGAUAACAGCAGUUUGCUAAGUGAUGAUGACUGUUCCGGGAAAGACCAGGUUGAUGCAGACAGUACCAUUGACAAGAAGAUUGGUCAACUGACUGUAAGAUUUAAUGACAAGUGCAGUCUAUUUGUGUACAACGCUAAGAGGAGACCAGUGACUGUCUGCACCGAAGCCAAACUUUCCCGUGAACCAAGACCGAUCCUGAAGAGGAAAGAGAAUGUCUCGGAGUUAUCAGAAUCAAUGAGAGUCAAAAAAUGUGAUUCAGUAAGGACUGAAACAUUUUUGGAUUAUUUCAAUCAAUAUAGAAAAAAAAAGACUCAAGGAAGACAACGACUGUCGCAAAGUAAGAAUGAAACAGUUGUCCAAGUAUUACAACAACACACGUGCCCCAACUGCUGA